AUGUUCAUUUUAACAGGUUUUUUGUGCAGCACGUCUGAUUUUCUGCGAACCUACUACUACAUAAAUCAGAGUAUGACAUGGGCAGCAGCUCAAAGUUACUGCAGACAGAAGCACAUUGAUCUGGCUACUAUAGACUCUAAGAAUGAUGUGAACCGGCUGAUAAGAAAUUUGGAUCCUGGGUACAGUGGAUCAGCGUGGAUUGGACUGAAAUGGGGGACAUUAAGUCGAUGGGUUUGGUCUACAGGAGAAGACACUCUUUCACAGUACAAGGCCUGGAUUCCAGGAGAACCUUCUGGUGAUGGACCAUGUGCUGAAACUUACAAUGGAGAUUGGAACGAUCUUUCAUGCGCUUAUGUUUUUAAGUUUGUGUGUUACAAUGGUGACGUUGGAAACGUCCUGAUAACAACUCCAAAAAACUGGAGAGAUGCUCAGAGUUACUGCAGACAGUAUCACACUGACCUGGCCACCAUUCACAACUCUGUGGACAAGAAUCAGGUAUAUAGUCUUGCUGGAAGUGGGCAACCGGCCUGGAUCGGUCUGUUUGCGGACUCUUGGCAGUGGUCUGACCAAAGGAGUUUCUACUUUAGAUACUGGGCAGCAGGACAACCAACAACUGGUGACUGUGUUGCCAUGUCAACAACUGACUCUGGGAAAUGGGGUACUUACACCUGUGUCCAAUCACUUCCUUUUAUCUGCUAUGAUGGCACCAAAUUCGAAAUGUAUUACUACUACAUAAACCAGAGUAUGACAUGGGCAGCAGCUCAGAGUUACUGCAGACAGAAGCACAUUGAUCUGGCUACUAUAGACUCUAUGAAUGAUGUGAACCGGCUGAUAAGAACAGUGGAUCCUGGGUACAGUGGUUCAGUGUGGAUUGGACUGAAAAGGGGGACAGUGAGUCGAUGGGUUUGGUCUAUGGGAGAAGACACUCUUUCACAGUACAAGGCCUGGAAUACAGGAGAACCUUAUGGUGAUGGACCAUGUGUUGAAACUCACAAUGGAAUUUGGAACGAUUUUCCAUGCAAUACUCAUUUAAACUUUGUGUGCUACAAUGAAAGCGUUGGAAACGUCCUGAUAAAGACUUCAAAAAACUGGAGAGAUGCUCAGAGUUACUGCAGACAGUAUCACACUGACCUAGCCACCAUCCACAAUUCUGUGGAGCAGAACCAGGUAUAUACUCUUGAUGGAAGUGGGCAACGGGUCUGGAUCGGUCUGUUCGCAGACUCUUGGCAGUGGUCUGACCUAAGGAAGUUCUACUUUAGAUACUGGGCAGCAGGACAACCAACAACUGGUGAUUGUGUUGCCAUGUCAACAGCUGACUCUGGGAAAUUGGCUACUUACAUCUGUGACCAAUCACGUCCUUUUAUCUGCUAUGAUGUAUAUCAAAAACAGGUUAUCAGAUUAAACUUGUCCUGUCGAGGAAAAUGUAACAUGAAUGAUUCUUCACUACAGGCUGUCAUUCUGAACGAGCGCUUCAGACAGCAGAGCAGCCGGUGCAACGGCAAUGAGGAAGAUGUAACACUCUCAGAGACGACGGAGCUGGAGAUGACCUGGCAGGUGGCGAGACAGCAGAGAGCACAGGUAAAAUGCGAUAAUGACAAACUAGCUAUUGAACUAGGAAGGUUUCAAAAACUGGACUUUAACUAG